AUGAACGCUUUCGUCUCCUCCUAUGGCGUCCACGACCUCCCCAUCCUCCUCCUCAAGAUAUGCGGCGUCGCCGUGCUCACUGUCAUCCUUCGCGGUCUCAUCUGGUUCAUCAACAUGAUAUGUAUUAGGCCCCUCUCGGAUCCUCUCAGGCAUAUACCAGGGCCCGAUGGUGCAAUAUUUCAAACGCAUCUCCGCCAAGUCAUGGAUCCAGGUUUAAGUGCCGACACACACCGCGACUGGCGAGCCCGUUUUGGAGAAACGUUUAGAUUCCAUGGAUUUGGAAGACACGAUUAUCGUUUAAUGACUUUCGACUUUCGAUCCAUUGUGCAUAUCCUCAGUUCACCCGCUUAUGAGAAACCGUGGCAAACACGCUCUUUUUUGGGCAAACUAAUUGGCAGAGGUAUCUUUUCAAUGGAGGGCCCUGAACAUCGAAUGCAAAGGAGAAUCAUUGCUCCUGCAUUCACCUAUCAAUCGAUCAGAAACAUGACUCCCGUCCUCUUCCAGAAAGCGGAAGAGCUGUCUGAGCGCUGGAAGGAUGUCGUUAUAGUCGCCAUUAAACAAGAAGAGGGAUGUCGUGCUUCAACACCUUCGGCUGGUGCCGUUGUCGAUCUUGCCCAUUGGAUCUCUCGUGCAUCAUUUGACGUGAUUGGACUCGCCGGAUUCAACUACGACUUUCAUUCAAUACAAGACGACUCGGAGGAGGUUUAUACCGCCUACAGACGCAUGUUUGAUAUCGCAGACAAAGGCCUAGGGUUACGGGAGAUUCUGGAAUUGUAUUUCCCCAUCACGAGGAAAAUCUUUGUGACGGAGGACAUUGCCGUUACAAAUGUCUCCCUUCGUGUCAUCGCAGAAGCUGGCAAGAAAAUUGUCGCCGAGAAUAAAGCUGCUUAUCUCGACGCGCAAGAGAACGGCAAUGAAAGCAAAGAUUUGCUCACACUACUCAUAAAAUCAAAUCUUUCGGAAGACUCUUCCAAGCGUUUGACUGAUCAAGAACUCCUCGACCAAUGUUCAACCUUUCUGCUCGCCGGUUCGGACACUGUGUCAAUGGCUCUCUCAUGGUGUAUUCACUUCCUUUCCCUGUAUCCCGUCGUUCAAACCCGGUUGAGACGAGAGAUACGGUCUAUAUACAAUGCCGAUGAUGGAUAUCUCUCGGAUGCGUCCGCAGACUCAGGCUUCCAUGAGUGCACCACCUGCAACCCACGCCCUCAUAGACCCAACGAUUGGGCAACCCUCUGUGCCUGUCCUCCCAAAGGCCGUUUGGAGACCAUUGAAGGGUUGUAUUAUCUCGACGCGGUCGUGCGCGAAACGUUGCGAUUCUGCCCUCCUGUGCAUGCCACGAUUCGUGUUGCCGUCCAGGAUGAUUACAUCCCCGUUUCUCAUCCCGUUACGUUGGCGAAUGGCAAGACUGCAGCUGAAGGCGAACAGCAAUCGUACGUCAAAAUCCGGAAAGGCAGCUAUGUGCAUAUCCCCAUUGAAGGGUUCAACUACAGUGAGAGUGUAUGGGGCGAAGAUGCUCUUCAAUUUAACCCCGAUCGAUGGAAGGAUGUGCAAGAGUGGGAUCCCUCUAAGCCAGGUCUCAAUAACCUGAUGACCUUUGGCUACGGACCUCACUCUUGCUUGGGACAUAGGUUCAGUAUUGCGGAGAUGAAGAUUUUCCUGGUGGUGCUCAUCGCCAGCUACGAAUUCAGCCCUGCUGAGGAUGUCAAGAUCAGCAAGUUUAAUUCCAUUCUGACGCGGCCCUAUGUCUCCGGGGAGUGGAGUGUAGGCACCAGGUUGCCUAUUUUCGUUCGUCGUGCCAACUGA